AUGAGCAGCCAUGAAUUCGCCGCAAUGCGCGUCGCCCAGAGCCGCGAGCGCCACGAGGCGCGCGUCGAAGCGCUGCAGACGCGCGACGCCGACAAAGCCCUCGACUGCGUCGGCGACGGCUCCUUCCGCAUCGCCAAGCAGACGAUCAGUUUGGUAAGGGAGAUCACGCCGCUCGUGACGCCGGACCUGCGCGCCAAGGUCCAUUACACCGGUUGGCUCGCGCCGGUGCCGGCGGACAGCGCCGCGCCGCUGAUCAAUGAUGCCUUAAUAAAGCAGGCGACGAGCGCGCGACCCUUCGACUCGUCGCGCGGCCGCCAGCCGUUCAGCUUCGUCGUCGGCCACCGCCAGGUGAUCGGGGGCUGGGACGCCGCCGUGGCCGCGAUGAAGGUCGGCGAGCGCACGCCUGUGUGGGAAUCAAAUUUCGGGCGCCCUACUACCUCCAUAACCUAACUCACUGGGUUGAUGGCCACACAGGCGUGCUCGCAUCCUGAUCGCGCCGGAGCACGGCUACGGCGAGCGCGGCGCGGGCGGCGCGAUCCCGCCGGAUUCGUGGUUACUCUUCGACGUCGAGGUCCUGAGCGCCGAGGCCGACCCCGAGCCCGCGUUCAGCACGCCUUCUCUCCUCGCGAUCAUUCCGAUCCUCGGCAUUCUGAUCUACUACCUCGGCUUCCGCGACGACAUCUGGGAGGACAUGGGGGGCAAGGCCGAGCUCUGACGACGCAAGCCUCUCGCGAAAAGAGGACUGCGCGCAUUCUGGGUUCCCGCGGAGCAGUGUUAAGUGUACAUAGCAGCAAUAAAAGUCACACAAGAUUACGAAAGCAAAAUCACACG